UACCAAAGUUAUAUAUGCUAGAAGCAUCAAGGAACUGUGUUAUGAAUAAAUAGAUCCACCUAUCUAAACCUUAAAAAAAAAAUUAAAAAAUUGCCGUGAUAACCACUUCCCAUCUUCCAAUUCAAAUAGUUAGUUUUAUAUCACUACUUUGUUGUUUCUCCUUGGUAUCUUAUUAUUUUGUUGUUGUUUCUGUUGUUGCUAUUGCCUCUUUUCACUGUUUGUUCAGCCGAUGGUCUUUCGUAAACAAUUUCUCUACCUUGUCAAAGCUAGGAUUAAAGAGCAUCUUCAUAUAGAGCUUUGAUCUAUAUUCAUGAUGAGAGUUGAAAAGGCAUCAGUCUCCAGGCCUAGAUGCUCUUAUCAUGUCUACUUGAGUUAUAGAGGCAAAGAGAUCAGCGUGAACUUUAUCAAUAUCCUACACACUGCAUUGACUGAUGUUGGUAUUCAAACAUUCAAGAGACACAGUGAAGCUAGAAAAGGAAAGAUUGUUGGAUCAGAAUUGCAAAAGGCAGUCAAAGAAUCGAGGAUUUCAAUAAUUGUAUUCACGGAAGAUUAUGGAUAUUCUAGAAGGUGCCUAGAUGAACUUGUGAACAUCCUUGAAAGGAAGCAAAGUGCUGGUCAUAUGAUUCUACCUGUGUUCUAUCGUGUAGAUCCAUCCCAUAUUAGAAAGCAGAGAGAGUCGUAUGCGAAAGCAUUUCAUAAUUACGAAGAGCAGAUCAUGGCGAAGAAGGUUGAAAGAAGGAAUGAGCACAUAGCAAAGAUAAAGAUAUGGAGAUCAUCUCUCACAGAGGUUGCAAAUAUGGCAGGGAUAGUUCUAGAAGACGGGGAUGAGCUGAAGUUUAUUCAAGAAAUUGUUGAGGACAUUUGGGGUAAGCUGUCUCGUAAAGUUUUGAGUUUCGCCCCAUAUCCAGUUGGAAUAUACUCCCGUGUAAAAGAGAUUAAUUUCUGGUUACAAGAUAGCUCGACUAAUUCUCGCACAUUGAUGAUUUAUGGAGAACCUGGAAUAGGGAAAACAACCAUUGCCAAAGCUCUUUUUAACCUACAUUGUGACAGAUUUCAAUGCAGCAGAUUUCUUGGAGAUAUUAGAGAAAUUGCAAAAGAAAGCUGUGGUCUGAUUAACCUACAGAAAAAUCUUCUUUCUGAUCUUUUGAAAGAGGAUAAGAUUGAUCUAAAUGAUAUUGAUAGAGGAGCUUCCACGAUCAAAGAAUGUUUAGUCCACAAAAAGUUUCUUCUUGUUCUUGAUGAUGUUGAUGAUUUGAACCAACUGAAAGGACUUCUUGAUUCAAGAGAGUGGAUUCCUCCAGGGAGUAAAGUUAUUAUAACAACUACAAACGAACACUUGCUAAACCCUCUUGAUGCUUGUGUGAUGUAUGAAACCAAGAGGAUGAACAAUUAUGAGGCGCUUAAGCUCUUCAGCUUGCAUACUUUUGGUCAAGACCAUCCCGUCAAGGAGUACAUGAAACACUCCAAGCAGAUAGUUAAACAUUGUCGAGGGCUUCCUUUAGCUCUUCAGGUUCUAGCCUCUUCGCUACGUGGUGGAAGUAUAGAUAUGUGGGAAGGUGCAAUACAGAAAUUAGAAAGAUAUUCUGAAUGCCAUAACCAUAAAGUUCUUGAACUAAGCUAUGAAGCUUUGCCAGAUGAUCAUGAUAAAAAUGUAUUUCUUGAUAUUGCUUGCUUUUUUGUCGGGAAGGACAAAGAUUAUACAAUCAAAGUUCUGGAUGAAUGUGGUUUCCAUGCUACUGCUGAAAUACAGAAUCUCAUUGAUAGAUAUCUCCUGACAGUGACUCCUGAUAACAAGCUAAUGAUGCAUCAGUUACUACAGGAAAUGGGUAAAGAGGUCAUCUGCCGAGAAUCACCCAUUGAACCUGGUAAACGCAGCAGAAUCUGGCAUCACAAGGAUGCCCUUAGUAUACUGCAUGAAGAAACUGUUACAGAAUCUAUUGAAGGGCUUGUUCUUAAAAUGUGUGGAUCAGAUGAAAGCAAACCAGACAGACAUGAAAGUAUAUCAAAAAGACCUUACUUCAAUGAUUCACAGAGCACUUCAACAUUGACUCUCAAGAAAAAUUCAUCAAAGAGGCUUCGCGUAGGAUGCCUCUCUUGGGGUCUGGGGAAUUCUGUUUUGGCAAGAUCACAGACUGUACAAAAUGAAGCUGGAAUGAGUGCUAAAGCAUUUUCUAAAAUGCAAGAAUUGAGAUAUCUUGAGCUUGAGAAUGUCCAGCUUUCUGGCACCUUUGAAGGAUUUCCAAAGAAAUUAAGAUGGAUGCGCUGGUAUGGACGAUUCCAAUCAACAUCCUUCCCAAAUGGCUUUCCUCAUGAAAAUCUUGUAGUUCUUGAAAUGAACAAUAGCAACUUGCAUCAAACCUGGGAGGGAGCAAAGUCUCUACGAUCAUUGAAGAUACUUGAUCUUGGUCACUCACACAGUCUCAUGAAGACCCCUGAUUUCUCUGGAAUGCCGAAUCUAGAAAGAGUGAUUCUUGAAGAUUGCAUAAAUUUGGUUAAGGUCCAUGAGUCCAUUGGAAGACUCCAUAAACUUCUUGUCUUAAAUCUGAAGGGAUGCGAGAGCCUUAAGAAGCUUCCAAGGAAAAUUUGGGAAAUCAAAUCCUUACAAGAACUAACACUCUGUGGGUGCUCAAAGCUGGAGCUUUCCAGGAUUAUGAGAAAUGGUAAGUUUUUGCAAGCACUUACACGGGAUGUGACUAACAGAGAUCAAUUUUCCUCUAAGGCUGAAAAGCCAAUAUGCAGCGACUCUCUGUCUGCUAAAUCAGUCUAUUCAAUCUUCUGGUCUUGGAUGUCACUGUGGCCAAAGUCAGCAGGUUCAAUGUCAGAUAUCUUCCAGAUCACCUUACAAAGUUUGGAUAUUUCACAUAGCAAUCUGACCGACACUCUUAUUCCCUACGACCUUUCUGUCCUAUCCUCCUUGAAAUAUCUGAGUCUAAGAGGAAAUCCCAUUUCCACCCUGCCGGAGAGCCUGAAGAGCCUAACUAUGCUGCAGUCCCUUCAGUUAGCCGACUGCACAAGGCUCCAGUGGAUCCCUGAGCUUCCGUUGAGCUUACAAAUAUUGAAUGCAAGUAACUGCAGAUCACUGAACAAAGUAACAAAUUUACCCAAUUUCAUGAGGUCACUUGACUUGCACUUAGAGAAUUGUGAAAAACUGGUUGAGGUUCAGGGAGUAUUCAAGCUAGAUCCUAUUAGAGACAUUGAUGAUAUCCUCGAUAUGUCUUGCCUAGAUAAUUUGGAGGUCAGAGCAGUAGAUGUGGAACUUUGCAACUAUCUGUCCUCAACAAAAAGCAAAGGUCCCCUUCAGGGACUAUACGAGUUUGGUAUACACAACAUUUACAUUCCUGGAGUCAAGGUUCCUACCGAGUUCAGCAAUAUAAGCACAGGGAGCUCAAUAGAUUUCACUGUGCCUCCACUUCCUAAUGCUAAGAUCCAAGGAUUAAAGAUAUGUGUUGCUUAUGCAGAAUGUCUUGAAGAAUGUUUCAGUGAAAGACACUUCAUAAAAGUGAGCAAUAAGACCAAGGGAAUCAAAUGGAUUUAUGGUCCAACAAUUUUUGGAAUUGCAGGUCCUGGUAAUCCAAUGCUAUGGUUUAGUCAUUGGAAGUUUGGAAACCAGCUAGAAAGAGGAGAUCAAGUUGUUGUUUCAGUAAGCAUGGGUUGCUUAGUUAAGAAAUUUGGUGUAUAUCUUGUAUGCAGCGAACAAAGUGAGGAAGAGGAAGACACCCUAUCUAAUGCAGAAGGAUGUCGCCGUCUUUCCUAUCCACUACAGCAUGCAAUUGGUGGAGAUUUGUCUCCUUAUGAGCUAAGUUCAGGGAUAUUUUCGACUGACCACCCCAAAAUGGACAUUUUUGCGAGUGACCCCGUGAAUAUUGACCGCUCCUUGCACCUAACCAAUGGGCCGGAUAGAUGAACCUGGCCAUGAUGGCCCAGAUUCCGUUUUGGGUAGGUUGAUCUACUUAGCAAAGUCAGCAAUUUGAAGUUAUCCAUAUUGGGGAUUAACUGUUCCCUUCAAAAUCCUACUUCUAGUAAAUUACGUUGUAAAACCUAACAAAAAUACCAGAGACGAAAUUAGGAUUUUUCAUUUGAAUUCUAGAAAACACAGCUUACAUAUUUGAGUCAGGUUCUGUGAAAGUAGCAGGAGGAAUGGCCCUAAUCUAAACAAUGGAAGAAAGUUCAUAUUUAUGAUCCUCGUUCAUAUACUCGUAAUUUCUGCGAUAUUUAUCCUCCUCACUGUGAUCCCAAGCAAUGGCAAUGGCAAUGUCGACAACGAGGAUAAGCUGUCACUUACAGAGUUAUGCGUGAAGCAUUAUUUUAGUCCAAAACGGCCUGAAAUAAUACAAAGUAGUAGUACUACUGUUAAUUUGAAUGCAGAGACUUGUUUCGUCGGAAUAUUGUUUGAGUGGAAAAUUUGAUCCUGAAUUCGUCGGAGCUCUCAGAAAAUUCGUUCCAAAAUUCAACAAAAAGGAAGAUUUCUUAGUCGCAUCACUCGAUGUCAGCAGAUCUAUCCGUGACUUUAGUUCAAUAGGAUUUUCUUUUUGUAUAGGAACUAGAAAUUAACUAGGUUUUUUGUUUUUCAUAUUAUAAUUUAUGUCAAGUUAUAUUA